UACAAUACAAAAUACAUCAAACGAGGUCAAGACUUCCAGAAAAAAACAUUGUACCGGUACAUCUAAUUGAAAGAAAAGCUCCUCUGAUACUCAACAAUUUCGCUUCUAUCCAUUCAAAAUUGUGCAAUUAAUCAGUAAACUAAAACGGAAUUGAUCUGAUAUCAACGAUAAAGUGAUAAAGAAAAGUUGAUUUCCUUUCGCAUUUCGAUCAUACAAUUUUAUUUGUGUUUAUUGUAAAUAUCAAUAUCAUUGAUUAUGUCAGCGUUACCGAAUCAAUCUGUGAUUAGAAACGAUUCCUUAGAAUAUUUUAUCAAAUUUCCAACACCAAACUUCAGAAAUAACAGGGAAAUCGGAGAAUCAGACUAUGUUUUUGUGUAUAAUGAAACGAACGUACCGAUUGUGCUACUACUUGGAUGGGCUGGAUGCAAGGAUCGAUACUUAAUGAAAUAUUCGAAAAUUUAUGAAGACCGUGGACUCAUAACCGUUCGAUAUACAGCUCCAGUUGAAAAUCUAUUCUUUAAACGUGAAGCCAUGAAACCAAUAGGAGAUAAAAUUGUAAAACUUAUUUACGACAUGAAUUUCGACACUCAUCCAUUGAUAUUCCAUGUAUUUUCGAACGGCGGUGCCUAUUUAUAUCAACACAUUUGGCUGGCCUUUCGUCAAUAUUCGCCAACUGUCCAGAUUCGAGCUGUAAUAUUCGACUCAGCACCUGGUGAUCGGCAUAUGGUAGCACUAUACAGAGCAAUAUCGGCUAUAUAUGGCAAACAGAAACCAUUCAAUUUCCUAGUGUCAUGGCUUAUAACUCUGUUUCUUACUGUGUUAUGGUUUGUGCAGGAAAACUUCCACAAGCUUGGACUACUAUUUGGUGCAGACAACCCAGCUAAAGCCCAUCCAUUUGAGAAUUUAAAAAAUCAAGAUUGUUAUGCUCCACAAUUGUUCCUAUAUUCGAAACAUGACAAACUUGUACCGUACACUGAUGUGGAAUAUUUUGCCCAUUAUCGACAAAGUCGAGGUGUUCAUGUACAAUUGCAGUGUUUUGAAAAUUCCGAUGCAGAGCAUGUGAAAUUGUAUGCUAGUCAACCACAGCGUUAUGUCCAGAGCGUUUGCGAAUUUAUAAACGAUUGUUUUGCCUGUAACCACGAUACAAGUGAUUUUGUUAGCAGAGCAAAUUAGGAAAAUGAAUUGAGCAAUGGACUUUAGAAAAUGGUACCUUUAUUAAGUGAAAUUUACACAAUGAAUUUACUAACUCUUAAAGUAGAAUUAUAUAGAACUAUUGUUGAAGGCUUUGGAUGCGUUUUACCAUGAUGUUAAACAAUCUGAUGUUUAGUUUUAAUGUGAAAUUCAAUGUUACAUCACAGAGUUCAAUGAAUUUUAAUGUUAGUCGCAUUUUAAAAAUUAUUAAAUUAAUUUUGUAAGUAUCCAGCACAAAAUCGGUUUUAAUUUGUACUGCGUUUAUUUUGAGUUGUGCAAUUGAUUCAAUAAACUUUUUAUCGAAAA